AUAGGUGCCAUAUGAGCAUAGUUCAUCAUAUCCAGAUUCAAGUUACCUUAAUUAAAUACACCAAUAGCAGGAGAUACUAUCAUGAUAUACGAUUAGCAGAUAAAACCCAUAAGUCAGUGCCAGUAUGUACCUGAAAAUAAUUACUCUCUGCAGCUUUGUCUUUCUCACUCAGUUCUUCAACGUGGAACUUUUUGAAUCAUUGUUGAGUAAGGAACUAGAAGAAGGACUAAAAGCGGAAGAAAUUAUUAAAGAAUGUCUCAAAGUAAAAAAUAAACAAAAUAAUUUAAUCCUCGAAAAAUUAUGCAAUGUAGGAGAAGACAUGGGCGUGGUGAAGUAUAAAUUGAAACUUCACGAACGUUUCAAGUGGUUUGUCACUGCACGAGAAGCUAUCGCAAAUACCGAAGAAAGAUUUGCCAAAAAUGUCAACUUAAAUAUACCUGCCAAUAUGACGGAUAUUUUUGAAAGGCGUAACGAAGAACGUACACAACGUUUCAUGUAUAUUUUGAUGCAUAAAAAGGACGAAAAUUUUGUUCACGAGUUGCUCAAACGUAUAGAUAAAAGUGAAAUGACCGUAGACAAUUUCUGCCGAUUUAUUUCUCUAGCUCAUCAGUAUUUAUCGCAGAUAAUUCAAAAUACUGCUUUGAAAAAGGGCGAUUUUGAGAUUUGCUAUGGUUAUGAAACAGAAGAUGAUCCGGAGGAAUAUGAGAAGGUUAAUGAAGCUUUAAGGAUAUUUAUGGAAGGGUUCACGACAAAGGAUAAUAAAUACUGAAAAAUGUAUAAAUUUUUCAUUUUGACUUGAGAAUUGUAUUACGUAGGUACCUACCUACUUAUCAGACAUUUGCACAACUAUUCAUUAUUACCAACCUACUUCACGAUCAUUAGAACAAUUUUUCAAUUAGGUAAUUAAAGUAUUCCUAUUUAAAUAUUGAAAUGAUAAAGUAGGUGGGUAUCUUUAAAAUAUUAGUCAAUCGAUGAGAUUUUAAAAUUAAGGUUAUGAUGUUUGUAAUUGAUAAAAGUCAGAAAGUAAAUUAAAAUUGUUUUUAGCCGUUUAGCUUUAUUUAUAAUUAACUAAAAAAUUAUAUUGAAUUUCAAUCAAAUUAAUUACUCACUUAUGCUUUUAAAAAUAUUAUUAGUAAUUCUGAAUUUAAUUUGCAUAUUUAAAUUCAUAAAAUCUGAUUUUAUGGUCGACUUCUCGCAACAAAAUGACAACCAAUCAGCAUCAGAAGCAACAAGUUUGGAGAAAUUCCUCAAAGGCGAAAUAAGAAAACCAUGGGUAGAAAAACUUACUGAAAUGGCCGAAGAAGCUGGUGAGAUGAAGUACAAAUUGAAACUACAAACUCAUUUAAAAAUGAUGGUCACUACACUCGCAGCAAUUGAAAACACAGAAGAAAAACACGCCAGAAAUAUCAGCAUAAAUAUACCUAUCGAAAUAGUAGACAUGUUUGAAAGAAGAAAAGAAGAACGAAAACAGCGGUACUCGUUCAUAUUAAAACAAAAUACAAACGAUAUUUUCAUCGAAAAUUUGAAAUUUAAAUUGAGACAGAAUGGGAUGUCCGUGGAUGAAUUCAGUGAUCAAAUUGCAAAAGCACAUCACAUUCUGUCUCAGACAAUUCAAGAUAUGGUAUUAACUCCUGGUACGUACAGAUAUUUGAACACACAGGAGUAUAAUACAGUUAGAAAAGCCUUAAGGAUAUUCAUGAAGGGAUUCAAAACUCGCAAGAAUAUUACGAUAUCAAUUUUUUAAGUAAAUAAGCAUCAAAUCUAUAAUCUAUAGUGUUUUUUAAAACUAUUAAAGUAAUUACAGAGUUAGCUAGCCUACAAAUACAUUUAUAGUUAUCAUGAUGAACUCGAAUAUCUUCAAAAUUCGCUGACAAAAAUUAUUUAAAAAAAAAACCUACACUUGGUGAUCUCGCAGCGGAAUAUCACCAAAAAGAAUCAAACACGAAACACAAAACAUCCGAAUUUUUAUUAAUUCUUAUACCUGCAUAAUUGAAACGAGUACAUCGCGUGUCAUUUUUGUACAUUACUAAAAUAAAAACGAAAAUUCAUAUAAAGAAAAUGUCAUCCAUGGUUUUCAGUUUUCACAUAAGCGAAUAAAUUCAUUUGGUCGCAAAAAAAAUACAACAUUGAAACUGAUAACAAAAUGAAAAAAUACGGAUACGAUCAAGGCAACGUAUUCGAUCGUUACCUAUCUUUAAAACUAACAUACCUAAUCAUUCCUUGGAUAUUUCACAAAACAACCAGGUUAUUCAGUUUCCUUAGUAAAAUGGAAAUGAGUCGAAGUAUUUUACAUUUUUUAUAAUACAACAAAUCACACAUUAUACGAGUAUAUAUUUACAAAUAAAAGAUGCUAAUUAUCACAGCCCUGAUGCAUUUCAUUGUGAACAACUCCUCGACAUUACGUAUUGCCAGUCUCUUUGUCA